AUGGUGGAAACGGGAGCGAGAUUGGAGGGAAUCAGACACCUCGACAUGCAAGUAUUGCAAGAAAACUCUGGCGAAUCAGGCGAAGUUUUCCUCAAAGCUCCCAAGAAGUCAGCGCAGAACAGUCCCCGCAUUGCUCUUCGAAGCAUUCAGCUAUCGCAUGUUCAGAACAGAACAACGUUUGUUCCAGAGCUGAGCGGCCAUGAGGUUGCUCGGAGGUCAGAAGACCUCCCGAGAGUCGUUCACUUUGUGAAUCCCCACACCACAAACCAGCCCUUGUUUUCUGUCAAGCACGAGAAACCAGUCUCCAACUUCCGCGUGCUGCAGCACAAACCAUACUUGAAGGACAACGAUGGCCCGGCGACACCCAAGGGCUCAGGCAUCGAGCAGAGGAAUGUCGACUCUCCGCAAUACUUCUUUGUGGUGGAUGAAGAAAAGUGCAAGCAGAACACCCAGAUCAAUCAUCAAGAGCAUGAGUCCGCUCAGAGCGGCAGGAGCACUUUCAGAAGGAAAGAUUCCUCUCAGGCUGAUGAAGAGAAGCAGAUUGCAUUGGAAGCGAUGUUGGAUUUGAUGGAGUGGAAUAAGAAGCUUCCUGAUGUGACAUCGCCCAUACCAAGUGAAACAUCACCUAGAAGCAUCUAUGGAGACCGCGAACUGCAAGAAUGUGCAGCAGACAACAUCAUCUCGGUUCACUAUAGCCCAAGCACAGAUGCCUCAACUCCUGACUGCAGCCGAUUAGACAGUGAUCCGCUUAGUAAGUAUGCUCCGAUAGACCUGCUUGAGAAGGAUGUGUACACCGUUCGCGCUUUGUCCUUGGAUGAUUCAGAGGAGGGCUCAUGGUGUUCGAUGAUUCUGUAA